AUGGUCCCACAGAAAUGGGACUUCUGGGGACGCUCCUCUGGAAGCAGCGGUGGGAUGGCGCUGGCAGGACCGCAGCGUGCUCUUCAGACCCAUCCCAUGUUGUGCUUCGUUCCCAAAGAUGUGGAAGCCUUUGGCCUCUGUGGAGGGCAUCUGCCACCCGAGCUUUCCGUGUGGCCAGCCCAUCACUUCAUCGUGGCGACGGCGUGCCAGGAGGCGGACUACGGCUGGAUGAUCCAGCACUACUGCCUGAAGCAGUUCCAGCUCAGCAUGGAGGGCAUUGGGCAGCGGCUCUGGUGCGACUGGGAUGAGACUGUGGGCACCUACGGGGAGCUGACGAACUGCACUGUGCUGAUCGCUGAGAGGCUCGACUGCUACUGGCCCAACCGGCUGGGGGGGGCGGGCUUCGUGGGCUUCACAAAGGCCAUCCACAAGCAGUACUUCAGGAACUGCUCCCCCUCCGGCCGGGCGCUGCACGACCCCCCCAACAGCAUCCUCUGCCCCUUCAUCCUGCUGCCCAUCCUCGUCACCCUGCUGAUGACCGCGCUGGUGGUGUGGAGGAGCAAACGCCGCGAGGGCAUCGUGUAGGGGCGACCUGCCGCCGGCGCAGGGGACAGACGUGGGGCCCCCCAUCCUGAAAGCACCCAUUUUUUUGGGAAGACCCUGACAGAGAAGCAUCUGGGGGGGCAGAGAGGGUAACGCCACCACUUCUCCCUCGCUGGUACCCUCCGCACCGUGCACGUGCUGCUCACCCGGCGGUUUCCAAAUAAAUACAUCAUUUAAGACUCGGUUGUUUGGCAAUACAGGAUGGUGGUGGCCGGCGAGGCUGCUGCGGGCUGCCCUGGCAGCGGGGAGCCCUCUCGGGGUACCUGGGAGCACGGCUCACCUCGGGCAUCGGCAUUGCCGCAUCUUUCCCACCUGCUUCCCUCCCGGCACCCUGCAGCAUUGCAUUUUGCCAAAGAUGAAAAUUUUUAAAAAGUAAGAAAGAAAAGGGGGUGGGGGCUUGAAAUCCUGCUGGCCCCGCAGUGCCAGCACGGUGUUGGGAGGUGCCGGUGGGCGUAACCGCGAGGCCGGCGGCUCUGUGUGCAACCCUGGGUGAUGAAACUGUCACGGCUUUCUCUUUUUGUCCUUUUUUUUUUCACACCAGGAAAGACAUCUCCUCCCCUGGCCCCCAGCGCAAGGCCGAGGCCUGCAUGGGGUGGGUUUUGCCUGGGAGAUGGGGAGCAAUGGGUGCAAACUGGCGGUGGGAGCUGGUGGCACCGGUGGUGGCCUUGGUGGUGCCCUGGGCUAAUGAGCAAUGGGAAUAAGGUGCUUUUCCUACAUAAAUAAAUAAAUACAUAAAUAAACCA